GGCAUUCGCCUCCUCCCCCACCACGACAGUUUCGGCUUGUUCGUAAUGGUGUGCGAGGCUUCGUUCGUCGUCUUCAUCGUCUACUACACCGUCAGGGAACUGCGCCAGCUGUGUCGGGACAAGACUGAGUAUUUCAAAUGCUAUUGGUCCUAUGCUGAGAUCGCCAUCAUCGUCACCUCAUAUGCUACCAUCGCCGUCUAUGCUGCGAGACACCUGGCCACGAAGUCCGUAGUCGAAGUCUUCAACCUCACUCACGGAAACGGAUACGUGAACCUCCAGCACGCAGCUUCCCUCGAUGAGCUUUACUCCUACCUGGUGAGCUUCAUCGUCUUCGUGUCGACGCUCAAGUUCAUUAAGCUUCUCAGGUUUAACAGGAGGAUGGGCGUGCUGACAGCCACCCUACGCCAGUGCUGGGAUGACCUAAGUGGCUUCCUUGUGGCGUUUUUCAUCUGUUUCUUGUCGUUCACCGGGAUGUUCUAUCUCCUGCUGAACAGCCAGCUCGAGAACUUUCAUAACUUCGUGAUUUCUGUGGAGACCUGUUUUAGCAUGAUGUUGGGUAAGUUUGGGUGA